AUGGCUUCAAAUAAUUGGGCGGAAUUCCGUGGUUUAGAAGCAAGUGUUGAUUUAGCUAUUCAGAUGAAAUGUUUUCCCCUCCAAAUUGAAAGUGAUUCAUCCUUGCUGGUUCAGGUUAUACAAGGCAGCUACAAAUCUCCUUGGGCACUUCAUACCAUAGCUGCUGAUUGCAAGUCCCGACUUGAGGAUUACUCAUGGUCUAUUUGCCAUGUUUCUGUGAGGGCUAAUAUGGUACCAGAUGCACUGGCUAAAAAGGCUAUAAUUUUCGCAGAGGCUACCAUUUGGCGCUCUUGGCCUCUAGACUUUCUUCACCUUCCCUUACUUCAUGAUGUGGUGCAAUUACCCUAUUGUAGGAUUGUAAGAUAG